AUGGCGGAAAGUCCAUCUGAAGGCCGAGCUGAUCUGGGAAACAAAGAUGUGGCUACACUGCGAAUGAAAAGAUCCGUUCCCCUGACACGAUUGAAGCUUGGCACCAGACAAAUUGUCAAACCAAAAGCUUUGCCAUCAAUGGAUGUUUUAUCUCGAGUUCGUCUUUCACAUACGGAUCACCUACGACGCCUUGCGUUGACGAAAAAAUCCGAAAAUCUCUGUCGUCUUGCCGCGGUUCUUGACCGAGCUGAGCCGAUAUUAGAGCGCUUUGAGCAGUACCUCCUUGCUCAACAGUGUCAAGAGAGCAAUCAAGCAAUAUGGGUGGAACAGCACCAAAAUCUGGUAGAAGAUCCUGGGAGGAAUCGGCAUCCUGCAGAACACUGCCUUAUUGUUGACGACAACGGAGAGUCCGUUGAGGUGCAGCCUGUAGACAUUGUUUACGGGAGCACAAAUGCAAAUGGACCGUAUUCUUGA